AUGGCUGGCGGAAUCCCAGUAACUACGUCUCGUCGAAGGGCUCUCGCGGGAGAAUCAGGAUGGAAAGGUCUCGUACGAAACCGCAAAAUAUUCGCGAUAGCAGUAUUUGCUUCUCUUGGAGGAUUGCUCUACGGUUAUAACCAAGGGGUUUUUUCCGGAGUACUCGGGAUGUAUGAUUUCGACUCAAGGAUGGCCUCAGUGGUCAACGAUCCCACCAAGAAAGGUUGGUUUGUCUCGAUCUUGGAACUUGGAGCCUGGUUCGGUGUUCUUACAACUGGUUACUUUGCGGACAAACUCUCCCGCAAGUACACUAUUGAGCUGUCUGUCGUUGUAUUCUGUGUUGGCGUCAUCGUUCAAACUGCUGCUCAAGGCCCACAAUCCAUCUACGGGGGACGUUUCAUCACCGGUUUGGGAAUCGGAUCGCUGAGUGCUGUUGUACCACUUUAUAACGCCGAGCUCGCACCGCCCGAAGUUCGAGGAAGUCUCGUCGCGCUGCAACAACUUGCCAUUACCUUCGGUAUCAUGAUCUCUUUCUGGAUUGACUAUGGCACAAAUUUUAUCGGUGGGUCCGGUUCAACUCAAUCUGAAGCGGCGUGGAGGAUCCCAUUGGCACUCCAACUUGUACCCGCUCUGAUUCUCGGAGCUGGAAUAUUGUUCAUGCCUUUCUCGCCUAGGUGGCUCAUCAACCAAGGCCGGGACGAUGAAGCGUUAGCUGUCUUGAGUAAGGCCCGCUGUCUCCCCUCGGAGAGUGAACUAGUCCAGAUAGAGUUUCUCGAGAUAAAGGCCCAAUACCUUUUCGAAAAGGAGAUCUCUGCAGUAAACUUUCCAGAUUAUCAGGACGACUCAUUUGGAUCUAAUGCGAAGCUCGCGUUCUACUCAUAUCUGAGUCUCUUGAUCAAUCCAACACUUUUCCGUCGAAUCAUGGUUGGAACUUUAACUAUGUUCUUCCAACAAUGGACUGGCGUGAACGCAAUAUUGUACUACGCUCCCAGUAUCUUCCAAAAUCUUGGCUUAACUGGAAACACCACGGAUCUCCUUGCUACUGGGGUGGUCGGAAUUGCGAUGUUUCUGGCUACCAUUCCCGCAGUGAUUUAUGUCGAUCAGGUUGGCCGAAAGCCAGUAUUGGUUUCUGGCGCAUUUUUAAUGGGAGCUUGCCAUCUAAUCGUAGCUGUAUUAGUGGGGUUGUAUCAUGAUUCCUGGCCAAGUCAUGUCGCUGCGGGCUGGGCCGCGUGUGCUCUAGUUUGGGUCUUUGCCAUGGGUUUUGGCUACAGUUGGGGACCGUGUGCAUGGGUGAUCGUAGCCGAGAUCUUCCCAUUAAGUGUUCGUAGCAAGGGUUUGUCUAUCGCAGCCAGUUCGAAUUGGAUGAACAAUUUUAUUGUUGGACAAGUAACACCUACUAUGAUAGCUCACCUGGGAUUUGGAACGUUUAUCUUCUUCGGCGUCUUUUCACUGUUAGGCGGAUUUUUCAUCAUGUUCUUUGUUCCGGAAACGAAAGGUGUCACUUUGGAAGAAAUGGAGGAAGUGUUUGGCGUGACUGGACAGAACCUGGCAGUUGAGGAUGCGCAACGACUGGAUGCUAUUCAUAGAAGGAUAGGCCUAGUCACGGAUGAGGCUCCGUUUGAAGUUGAAGGGAAAUUCGAUGAAUGAGGCAGAAUCUAUAUACACUGCGGGGAUGAGCCGAUUUCCUCGAGGCGAAAAUGUGGGUUUUAUCUCGAGGUUAUGUACAAAAAUAUGGCAGCAGAUAUUUUGAAGGGAUUGAGCUGAGGUUAUGGUAAAAUUAUGAAAAGAUAAUUCAAAAUAAGCACGGCCCCCC